GUUGUGUACGACUACAAGGGGGGAUGAAUGAUGUACGUGUAUGACUACCACAGUGGAAGAUUGAUUAUGGAUGGGUUCAUAGCGCGGUGUUUUUGCAUGCAUCUCUAUACCUCUAUACUCUAAUAAUUUAUAGCUAGGUAGAACUCGAACGACCCUGAAUCUUCGAUACCUGAAAACGAAACCAUCCAACAUAUGGAAACCGUCUCUUCUCCUUCCCCAACUCCUUUUCCUGGUGUUGCUAUUUUUGGAGUGCGGGCUGCGCGUGCUAUCGGGCUCGGAGGGUUCGGAGGAGAGUCGAGGUGAGACACGGCCGCUUGCAUGUAAUAUAUGACAGGAUGAAGGGUGGUUUUUGACGAGCAGUUCAGUUGGCAUUUAGUUGUCAUUCGUUGUUGAGCUCUUCUUACUGUCACGGCACCAUGAUUCUGCGAAGGCCGCUCACCCUCACCUUUCUCCUCGUUUGUCUCGCCUUCCUCCACGUAUCCGCUCAACUCUUUCCGGAGCCAACGUCAACUACGACUGGAAGCGGUAGUGCGGAGUCAGGAAGUUCAGCAAGAGCAUCCUCCGGUGUCUCCAAUUCUGCAGCAUUCACCUCCGAUAGCCCAACCUCAGAUGUCUCCCAAUCAACACCAGCAUCCAACGAUGCCACAACAACCCGCACCGGCCCAAUCUCCAAGUCAACCGUGAAACACACAGACACCACCACCACUGCCGACUCCACCGGCUCCAUCUCCAUCGACCCACGCUUCGCACCAGGUUCGGCGGCUAUGCUGAUUCCAGCCCCUACCGAUGGUCCGCAAUACUACAUGAUUGGAGAUUACGUGACGUUGGCGUGGAACUAUACUGGGGUGUUGGUAACGCCGAGGGCAGUGAAUGUCGAGGCAUAUUGCUCCGUCAACAGCUACUACUACCCCAUCGCAACAAAUAUCUCCUAUACCUCUACCUCCAUAAUCUGGGACUCCUCCGAGAACCCCUCCGCCGAUCCUCUCCUUCAAGCUUCGUACACACUCAAUAUCUUCGAUGCAGACUCGAAUCCGACAGCGGCGCCGAGUGCGGGGUAUUUGUAUAAUUAUGGGGUGUACAGGUUUGGGAUGUAUUCUGGGCAGGCGUAUGAGGCUGCGCCGACGACGGGGAAUUUGUGUCCAACGUGUGGGAUUGGGGCGGGGUCGACGGUGAAAGUAUCAUUGUGCGUGAUUGCGUUGAGCGUUUUUAUAGGGGUGAUAGGGGUGAUGGGAAUGGUUUAAUGGGAUGGAUGGGGUCACUUCCCGCA